GUCGCCUAUGAUAGAAAUAUUUCAGUUAAAAUUUGUUUUUGGAUGUUAUGGGUUACGGAUAAUAAAGUUACAAUAAGUUUUGUUAAAUUAGGUAGAAGAUCACUUAAAAGUUUACAAAGAUGAGAAAGUUCCUUCUAGCUUCACUCGAGUUCUUUGUCACAUGUUCAUAUUGUGCUUGCCAAAACAUAACUGCAAACUAAGGUUUUGUGGUGUUCUGACAACACCUAUGGUUUCAAACGCAGAUGUAUUCAAUUCAAUGGAUUUAUUUUUAUCUUCCUUAUUUAAAGAUGCUAACCACACCAUAUAUGGUAUUAGCAAAAAUGAAAUUGUGCAAACAUUUCAAAUGUGUAUUUCAAAAUCACUUCUACGACCAGUCACACUUGACAAUUUUCAACUUUCUUUUAAAGGCGUUGGGUUUUUGGUGGACGUGAUCAAAGAUUGCCCAAAUUGCUUAAAUGAUUCGGUUCUUUUUCAAGUAAAUGAUGCAGUAUUGUUUCAACUGACCUAUGCCCUUAAGUGUGCAAAUGAAUUAUUUCAUAUCUUAAGUUCGAAAAAGAAAGACUUACAGCAUGAGGAGUAUGCUGCAUUUUAUAAUGACGCAUGGCUUCAGUUGUUUACAAUUACUGAAUCAGUGCUUCAAAAUGGUUCAUUGAAAGGAGAUGCUUGGAGUUGUGCUGGUUCACUUAUGGCAACUUUGCUAGUUCAUAAUACUACUAAAUUUCAGUGUAUGUUUGAUCAAGUGGUUGAUGGAAAGUUAGUUUUUUGUCCAAAUGAACUUUGUGAUGAAGCGUCGUGUACUGUAUUUAAAGGAUUAUUAGUUUUACUUGGAAAGAGUAGUCAUGCGUUUUCUACUCUCACCGACAAUACAGUUGUUCAUUUUAUGAUUUUAGCAAAGAACUUUAUCACACAAGUAUCAUCUCGAACUGUAGAUGUUACUGGUUAUCUCUCUCUAUCAAAGUGUGUGGUAGAAUGGAUGAUCACAUUGAGUAAACUCUGUGAAGAGGAAAAUUCUUGUAUCUCUGUAUUGGUAGAAGAGUCGGUUGAUUGGGUGUUGGAGUUGGUUUCAAUGUUGCUCAGUUUGUUUGUUGACUCCCUUAAGCAUCAAGCAAAAUCAAUCUUAUCUAAUUAUCUUCAUGCUGUGCAUUUUCUAAAGGAGGAUACUAUUCUUACAAAAAUUACUCAAACUGUAUUCAAAUGGAAUUGGAAUGAAAGAUCAGUUUAUAUUUGUUUGACCUGCAUACUUACUGUUCUACCUGUCGAUAUUUUUAUCAAUUUACAUCCAAACAGUCCAGCAAAACUUUUACAAGCAAUAGGUGACCAGACAAUUGCCACUUAUGCUUCACAUUUAUAUUGCAAUCUAUCUGCACUGAGUUGGGUAAAUCGAAAUGCUAAUAAAACAGAUGAGUUGAUUAGUUGGUUCAAUCCAAUCCUUGAGUUGAUGUUAGAUCCUGACUACCCACAUUCCAAACAAGCCUAUGAUUAUUUUCUUCUAAAGCUGCUGAAAAUAUAUGGAGCCGAUGCAGUAGAAUAUGUAGUUAGUAUGAUGGUUACUGGUUCCCAAGACAAAUCAAAUUUGCUUUAUGUUUAUGCAAUAUGCUUACAAGGUGCACAGAAAUAUGGCUUUCUUAAACAGAUAAUGUUGAAUGACAAACAUAGCAUAUGGAAGUUUAAAGUUGAGGUUUCUGUUUUUCAAGCAAUGUUGACACACCACAGUGACAAGCUACGUUUGGAAGGUUUUUCAUUUUUGUGUGAAAGUUGGCGAUUUACCAAACUUAACGAAGCUGAACAAAUGGAGCUGAUAAAAUAUUCUCUGCCUUAUAAUUUAUCAAGCCAUUGUUCAUCAUUUAGGCAACAAUUACUUCGCUAUCUAAUAAAGUUUCUUCAGCGUUUUGUGACAAAUUACCAAAAAGCUGCCAAAAGUGGUGAAGAUGCGAUGAUGGAAAGAUGCUUGAAAUUUCUUGACUGGUUGUUAGAGUUGCUUUUUUCUCAGUUGUUUAUUGGAUGUUCUUACCCUCGAAGGAAUUUCACUUUAAAACUGUUGCAUCAGCUUGUACUGAAUACAUUCGAAUAUAGAGAUUUAUUUCAAAGACUUCUGGAAUCUUUCACUUUUUGCAAUAUUGAAACAUUGGUUGAUUUCUUGAAAGAUCCAUUUGAGGAAAAUCAACAAUUAUCAUUAGAUGUUCUGACCAACCAAAGUGUUAAACAUCAUAUUCAUUAUCAAAUGAACGAUAUGUUGUCUGAGUUGUCAGAAACAUCUUUGUUGAACUGUCGAAAAAGUUUCAAGUCAGAAGUUUCAAAGAAUGCUUCAUUUGUUUUGCGUUUGGUGGCACUGUUAUCAGAUGAUGUAAAUGCACAGAUUUUAAGGUUGUGUAACAUCUUGUUGAGUUUUUUGGAAGAAGACGUCAAUUUGAUCAAAAAUCAACUUUAUUCUAUAACAACAACCCCUGUAUAUGGGAACAUAUUUGCUGUAAGAAUGUUGCUUAAUGAAGUUGAUACAAAAAAUAAAAACAAUUAUAAGAGUUGGCGGACAUUGGUAUGCAAAUGUAUUGAUCUGUGUGUUCAAGUAACAUCUGCAGUUCAACCAGUUGUCAACAAUGAUUCUCCUGAAGGUUUUCUUCCACAACCUAAUGUUGCAGAUGACAACUUUGAUUUAAACCAAAACACUUCUCCAUGUGGCGUAGUAGAUAAUCAUGUUGAAGCACAACUUGUGCUUGUUGCAAGUUGGAGAAGUGCCAAAGAAUCGUUGCUACUUCUUCAGCACAUUGCUUGUAAUUUCCCACUUGAUUCAUCUAGCAGUGUGAAGGAUGCCGUUCUAUCUUGGCAUCAGGUAAGGAAAACACAGAUGUUAAAUUUAUGUUAAAACUACUAAAACAUGCUGCAUAGCGGCCGUGGUAUAGUGGUUAGCGUGCCUGCCUGUAACUCAGAGGCAAUGGGUUCAAGUCUCGACGCUGCUACCAUUGUGGGCAUAUGUGUCCUUGGGCAACACACUUAACUGCAAUUGCUCCAACCCAGUGGCCACUAAUGGGUUGUGUAAAUUUUCAGCCAUGCAUAAAAAAAUGAAAAAAUCACCCCCAAAAAAUAA